AUGAGUAAUGCCGAUGACCGCCGCCGGUCACGACCCCCGACCACACGGCGAAAUGGCACGCUGCAGUCGUGCGAGCCGUGUCGGCGAGCAAAGCAGCGCUGCGACCAUGAACGGCCAGUGUGCCGUCGAUGUGUAGCCAAAAAGAUCAAUGACCGAUGUUUUUACCAUCCUGCACCGAUGACUCGGCGCAGGGCAUCGGACAAUAAUAUUGCGGUUCCAAGACCAAGUCUUGCGCCUGCGAAAAGAUUGACGAGUCAGCCCACAUCCAAUGCAUCGAGUCCUGGAUCUGGAUCACUACAAGGUGGACGGAUCUAUGCCCCCUUAGAAGUACCCUCGGCGUUGCCGGGAUAUAUGGGCUCUACGAGCUUCACGGCAGUGCUUGCUGAGCAUCGCAAUGAAAUUGCAUUUGAGCAAGGCGAGAAUACCGAACCUCUCCCUGUACUCGUCGUCGAGCCAGAUCGAGUACAAUCUGGAGCCGAGGUUCUGCUCUUCCUGCAUAACCUCAAGCUUCGUCGACAACUGAUCGAGAAAUUCUACCUUCGAUCCUGCAAUGUCGUGGUACCGAAAAUCGUGGUCGAUGCCAUGUUGGAUUCAAUUGACGAGAUAUUUAGUGGUUUCAACUCAAAUGACUUAAUCUCCCAAUUACAAAGGCUGGCAACCCAGCUCUGUCAAAAUUCGUCAAGGGCUUUGCUGACCCAUUCAUCGAUGACCGCUGAUGAGUACUGCGCCUCUUUUACGGGAAGUAAUUUUCGUUGGGAAGCACUGGGAAAUAUCUUCAGUCUAUGCGGACAGCAGGUGGUAGUCACACCAGAGAAUGAUCCUCUGGUGGCGGACGGAGGUGAUCAUGGAGAUAAGGAUCGACUGCUGGAACAGUUGACCUUGGCGAGCACCAUUUGCUUAAAUUUUUGUGAUCAGGCGUCCAUGGCAAACGAGAUGCUGGCUUGUCUGCAGUACAACGAUGUCAUGUUGCGGACACAGUUAUAUGGUGAUUCAAGCUAUCAAGCGUGGCGUCGACUCGGAGAUCUCACAGCUACCAUCUACGCUGCUGGUUUACACGUGGAUGCCGAAAACUCAGACGAUUCACCUUUCUUCUUGAAGCAAUGGCGACGGUGCUGCUUCACAUCAGCAUUUUACAUGGACAAGACCAUUGCUACAUUCCUUGGUCGUCCGCCUCUCCUCAACUACCGUUAUUGUACAUUGACCCCUCCACUAGAUCUCAAUGACGAUGACCUCGUGGCAGGCGGUGAGAAGCUCAACCAAGCAAUUUCAGAGCUUGACAGUGCCGGCUGGAGUACGAACGGGACCCGAAACCGAAUGUCGAUGGGGCGGAUCCGGUUCCAGCUCUCGGUGUACAGAGACCAGACCCUGGAAAUUGCGUUGGGAUGUAGUGAAGGCCAGGAUCUGAUUCGAAAGUGCAAUGAAAUCCUCGAAGGCGUGCGUGCGGUGUGGGAGUCAACGCCUGAUCAUCUUCGCUAUGAUCGAAAUUCCGCCAGUGACGAUCACAAUGGAUGGCUGACCAUCCUGUACCUCUACCUCAACUAUCUUUACACGUGUUUUCUUAUUCAGCGGGCUCUUAUCAAACACACCAAUACAGGCCAGGAGGCACUGUGUGACAUUUCGCGCCAGGUCUUGAGCAUCGUCAACAGCAUGACUACAAGACGUAGCGCCAUGGUCGACCUUGACAGACAUUAUUCGUGGAUCGCUCUUACAUAUGGAGUUCCCAGCUCCGGUGUCCUUCUGCUUGAGCUGUUGCAUCAGUCUCAUCAACCAGGUCCGCAUCAUGUCGUGCUUCCAAGGGCCGAGCUCAUCCGUAAUCUGAGCGUUUUUGUAUCGAUGCUUUCUUGGAUUGCACGCCCCGGCCACGGCAACUACCGCACGUGCAAAGAGGCCGAGAAGAAUCUGUCGCGCAUCUUGGACCAAGUACUCGACCCGCAGCCAGUACAUGCAGAAGCCAUGCACGAUGUCACUACGGAGCUCUCGAGCUUUCUGAAUUGGUCCAAUUACAACAGCUGGGAUUUCAACUCAGAAUACUUUCCCUAA